AUCAUCUACAAGGUAGAGGAGAUGAGCGACAUCGACAAGGUCAUGCAUUUCCAGAAGGGGUUGGUCGUAGAGAUCAAACAAGAGGUGAAGCUGCGCCAGUUCAGGAACACGACAGACGCAAUUUCGUUUGCACUCAUGUACGACCGCACGCACGCUUCGCCACAUCACGUCGAGGAGCCGACCCCAAUGGAGAUCGGGAGUUCGCGCUUCGUCUCUCGCGAAGAGUGUCUGCGAAGUAAUCUUUGCUUUUACUGCAAGGAGCCCGGACACCGCCUGGCUACGUGUCCU